AUGGCUACACCGCAAGAACGACAUCCGGACUUGUUCCGCUCCGUAAAUAGCGAUUCCCCCCCGGGGAAGAAGCGGACUGUUCCGUUAGAAUGCUUGUGCUUGGGGUUCAAUCGGACGGGCACCGCGUCGAUGUGCAAUGCCCUCGAGAUCCUUGGCCUCACCUGCUGGCACUCUACCCAAUUCAUGGGCGCCAGAUUUGGCGAUAUUGAGAUGUGGCAGGAAGGUAUUAACCGCAAGUUCUUUGAUGCGCCGGGCCCAAGAUACGGGCGCGCCGAAUUCGACCAGCUGCUGCAUGACUACGGCGCUGUCUCCUCGGACACGCCGGCUAUCGCCUUCGCGGACGACCUAAUAGCAGCCUACCCAGACGCGAAAGUUGUCCUAGUCGAGCGUGAUAUUGACUCGUGGUACGAGAGCUGGAUAAAUAGCGUGAUCAAGAAUACUUUCGACCCCUUCGUGACAGUCAUCUACACCAUCGACCGGUGGUUUACCUACCCACUCGGGCAUGUGCAUAAGUCCACGUUCCGUGGUUGGUUAGGGAUUGAGAAUCCCGAGGAUGCGAAGCGCGUGAGUAAGGAGAAGUACCUUGAGCACUACGCGCUCGUGCGGCAGCUUACACCUACCGACCGCCUGCUCGAGUUUCAGAUAAGUGAUGGGUGGGGGCCCUUGUGCGACUUUUUGGGGAGGCCCGUGCCAAAUGUGCCGUUCCCACAUCUCAAUGAGAAGAAGUGGUUAGAUGAGAAGGUGCAGAUCGUGUUACAGCGGGGGAUGAAGCGGUUGGCGUGGAAGGUAAUAUUGUUUUUGGCCCCGCUAGUGGCGGCAGUACUGAUUUUCAUGAGUUUGGAGUGA